GUGACGUUUACAAGGCCGUCAUGUCGCGUCGACGUCGUAGUUCUCAAGUCCAUAACUUGCUUGUGCAGCUGUCUCAACCAUUGCGUGUAAUCUUCGAACCAUGGGUAGAAAGGUAAGGACCAUGAAGAUAUCUCCUUCGCUGACCGAGGAAAUCCUUCAAUCAGGAGGAACUUGUACCCUGCCGAUGCACGAAAUGCGGGAAGACUGUCCUUCAGUUUACUAUGGUCACUCCACGAACUCGGAGAAGACACGAAGAACAAGACGCGGACGUGUUGAAUGCACGACGGGCCCAGGAAUAUAGUAAGAAGCAUCAGAACAACCCGAUCACCGCUAUUAGUACCAAUGGACACAGUCUCCGAAACUCGAACAAUGUCCCUGAGCAGGAUCCCAGUUACGAUAACCUUCUGGACUCUACGGAUACAAGUCCGACUGUCUUUUCCUCGAGUUUACCUCCAUCACCGAACCUCAUUGCGGAAGACUCACAUGACGUUAUAACCGACAUUCAAGAUCUGGAUUUCGACUACUACCAAGAUGACAUGACUCUAUUGGACGAAGGCAACAACAAUGACCUUUUUUAUGAUGACGAUCUUGAUCACCCUCGCUCUCCGUCUCCACCAUCUCGCCCACGAUCCGCCAGUCCCGAGUUCAUCGAAAACAUAGAUAAUGCACCGACAAAUCCCAGCGCUGACAAUCCAGUCCCUUCCACGAUGAACCAUGCUGGCCCUGGUGCUGAUGACGAGGAUCUGCUUCAAGAGCUCGUUCCUGCUUUUCAACAGACACCUCCUGUUCGACUACUUUACCUACAGGCAGCGAUUGCCCACAUUGUUGGAUCCUCGACAGUCGCCGAGGCCACCAAUCAGAUUCAAGACGGCCUGGAUCUUAUUGAGCUUUGUGGUGCAUUACCGACAUUCCCCAUUCCUCGACGCUCGAUCAUCACCGUGAAGAAACACUUAGGACUCCAAACGGAUGACUAUGUUUUAAGGAUCCCUAUAUGUGAUGUAUGCUACAAACGCUACUCUCUCGACGACAUUCAGAAACUCGACACCCCUAUAUGCACGGUCUCUCGUUGCAAAGGGAACGUGUAUCGUACCAAACGUGAACAUACAGACCCCGCAACAGGCGAAGAUCGGUUCAAGCGUAUCCCUGUAAAGGUCCUCGUUUAUUGCCCUAUAAUCAAAGCAGUACAGCGCUUCCUCCUGAGGUCAACAUUUGUCAGCAAUCUACGAGACACCUCUCAAGAUAUCGAUCGUACGGAGCUCUCAGAUGACAACUUGAUGCAUGAUAUACACGACGGCACUGAGUGGACGAAGCUCGAAGUUGGUCUCAAGCGGGUGUGUUUACCUGAUGGCAGCAUCACAGAUAUCGAGGAGUCCCCAGGCUCGUGGCGUCCGCUUGUUUGCUGUGACGUUGGACUCAGUAUGACACUCAACAUUGACUGGUUCGGAAUCACCGAGGGUAGACCUCAUUCCUCGGGUGCGGUGUAUAUUUCCUUCAAUAACUUACACCGAUCAGUAAGAUACCUCACGCACAAUGUCCACCUGGCACUUGUCAUCCCAGGACCCAAGGAACCAAGUCUCGAGAACCUCAAUUACUGUCUCGAGCCCCUUAUGGAUGAUAUUCAUUGUCUAUACAAAGGUACCUUCAUUUCUCCACCUGACAUGAUUCUCUAAUUGCGAGUCAGGACUUUAUAUGCGUAUGUAUGGAUUUCAGCGCCCCCGUGAGGUUCAUGCUGCUGUUCUAUGCGAAAAUUCAGAUAUUCCUGCGAC